AUGUCAGUUGAGGGUUCGGAUGCGGCGAUAAAUGGGCCAAAAAAGAGUGCCUCCAUGGAAUUUGCGUAAGGUUUUUUUUUUGCAUUUUUACCAAUUUUGUUGGGGGUUCAGAGAUUUUUUUGCACUGAAAAACGUUUUUGGAUUUUUGAAAGGCAAAAUAUGCCUGUUGUAAUGUUACAUUCUUGACAAAAAAAUUGAAAAAUAAGAAAAAAGCUAAUUUUAAAAAAUUGAUUUUUUUUCUAAAUUUAAAAAAAAAAUCAUUUUUUUCGAUUUUUUAUUUUUUCAAUUCAAAAAAUUGAAAAAAAAAUUAACAAAUUCGACUUUUUUUGCCCUGUGACAUCCAGAAGUUUCUAAAAAUACCUCUACUUUUUGAUUUCAAGGGUUUUCGGAAGCCAUAAAACAAUACAAGCACUUUUCCAUAUUAGGUCUCUAUAAAAACGGGGAUUUCUCUUCAAAACUACUAUUUUAAGAUUCUGCCGGCAUUCCAACGAAAAGUGAUAUCACAAAACUGAACUCUGAGGGCGGGCAGAGCCAAAUGCGUCAAUGUUUUGAAGGGAUAAUGCCGUUUCCUUAUCCCAAACCUCAUUUCCUGGAGAUUUCCAGUCGAAUGUCAUAGUUAUUUUUUGAGAAAUUGUUGGCUAAGGCUAAACCAAAGGUGUUUUAGGGGAAUAAAAUAAAAAUUGAGGCAAUUUAAAGGUUUUAUUAUCUUGUUUUAGCAACUUCACGAUUCCGGAACUACCGAAAGGAACGGUUCUACGUCUCUCAUUGGCCGGGCCAUGGGAUGACCCCCGUUUCAUGGGGCUAAAUGCCGUGGAAAUCUUCGAGGAAGAUGGGAAUCGCGUCAAAGUUGAGACUGUAAGUUUAUUCUGGACCUAUUUCCAACAUUUCUGGCUAAAAAAGAUGGGUUUUCAAGACAAAAUGUUUUCGUGGCGGUACCAAAAAUUUUCAAAAAUUUUUAGUUUUUUCACUAUAAUUUUUUCUCAAAAAAGUAAGGACACCUUAGCUAGUAAUUUAAAAAAUUUCAGAUCGAAACCGAUGCUCCAGAAACCUUCGGCGACCUGAACAAUCUUCUCCAUUGUGGUGCUUGCCUGAGCACGGACCCUCGUGACAUGUGGAUGUGCCGAUAUCAGCGGGAUUCCCUACCGGUAAACAUUUCUAUGACCAUGAAAGAGCCAACUACUAUUGCUAUGAUUCGGAUUUGGGCAAGUUUUUUUCAUUUUUUUUUUUGUUUUUCACCUCAUGUACAAUAUAAUUUUUUGCCAUUUUCAGAACUACAGUGAAAGCCGGGUAUAUGCGCUGCGUGGAGUGCGCAGGAUGAAGAUUUAUUUGGACGAGGAGUGUAUUUUUAGUGGAGAAAUUAAUUGUGCUUUCAUCGAUUUUGACGGGAAACCUAUGGGUGAUGUAAGUUGAAUAGAAAUUUUUUGAAAUCCCUUGUCUGUUUCAACAAAUUACCGCCUGAAUUCAUUAGAAAACGCUUAAAAAUCUAUAUUUUACGAAGUCACCGUAAACCAGGGUUUUUAUAUUUUUUUAAUUGAAAUGUUUUAAAAAUGCGGGCGGUUUCUGCAUAACGCGGUCUGAAAUUUGGUGCUAUUUUUAGAAAGAUCUCUUCAUUUCUGAUUAUUUUCACAAAACUUUAAAGAAAUUUUCGGGAUUUUUUGAAGUUCAAACCUUUAUAACUCGGGAUUUUCUGCAUAACGCGGUCUGAAAUUUUAGUGAUAUUUUUAGAAAAGUCUAGUCUUCAUUCUUGCCAUACGUUUUAUAUUAAGAUUGGAACAUUUUGAUUUAUCAAUUUUUUUCCAUUUCUGCACAACGCGAUUAGAAAAUUUUAAAAGUUAAUCUUCAUGCGUGUGCUAAUACUUGAAAAUGCCAUUUUUAUAAACCUCGCCCCUUAUUUAUCCCACCUUCCCUCCAGAUCUUCGAAAGCAACCUUUUCAGACCAUUCUGUUUACGACAAACGAGGAUAUUCUAAAUGCCAUCGCCCAGAAUGACAUCUUCCUCAACUCCAGCGACGAUAUUCCGGCUUUGGGGAGUCAAAUGGAUUUGCUGAGCGUUGGGCCGAGCACGUCCACUGGUACGUGAGGCUAUUAAUAAUUUUUGGAAAAAAAGAUUCCUUUCUUUGGUUACCCUACCCAGUCUCCAUUGCUUAAAUUUAUCCGAUAAUUUCCUCGAGGAGGAAAAUGUAGCUUUUGGAUUAAAAAGGGGUAAUUGCUAAGGAGAUUACUUGCGUUAUUUGCCCUUCUUUGUCGUGUAAAUUGUUGAUUAUCAAAGGAAAUUUUGGGGUAUAUUAGAAAUCACUAAAAACCUGUCGUUUUUGUGGAUGAUUUAUUUUGAAAAAACGUCUAAAAGCUUCAAAAAAUAUCUUAGGUAAAAACAUUUUUUAUCCAGUAGACUUUUGUUCAUGGCUGUCUGGCAAAUUCCCUAAGGGCAAAACUUUGAAUCUUAAUGAAAUUUUUAUAACAUCAAACCUACAAUUUUCUAAGAAGUCCCUAAGGACACUAAAAGUGCAUUACCUUUCAAACGCAUUGAGAAAUAGGGAUUUUAAAUUCAAAAUCUCAAAUAAAACUUCUCCAAGUUUUCUUGAAAUUUAAAAUGGAAGGAAAACAGACUUUUCUAGGAGAACUCAGAAAUUUUCAGGCCUGUUUUUGCUAAAUUGGCGAACAGGGGAAGUACUCCAAGUGCGACGCUCAGAUUUCCUUUCAAUUUUGCACACACUUCUGCCAUAGAUUAGAUAUCAAUUCCUGAAAGUUUUAGCUCGCUCUUUGCGGGCGCCGCCGAGAUAUUGAACGAUUUUUGCCGCCGAGAGAGCACGCUCAACGUAGAGAACGGUCAGAGAAAAAAGCGCUUUUUGGCCAUAACUUUGGCAGUUUCGUGCGGAAAAAUUUGAUUUUUUGUAGAAACAUUAUCCUUUACGGCAGAAAUAGGCAUGAAACUUUUCGUGCCGAAAUUCGGCAAAAAGUCCUAAAUUUUGGCCGACUUUCGAUCUAAAAAUCUCGGUUGUUUCUGCAAAGCGCGAGCUAGGAUUCUCGCAUAUAUCUUAGAAAAAAUUAUUCUAAAUUUGUGCCAAGUUUCAUCAAAAUCUGAGGUCGCACUUGGGGUACUUCCCCUGUAAGAUAUAGGCAUCUCAAGUUCAAAAAAUUUCGAAUUUUUUUAUUGUAUAUUCUAGGAUUUCUAAACUAAAUUUGAUCUCUUUUUUUCAGCCAUCCGAACCUCGUCUCCCUUGACUGACUCGUCAAUUCAACGGCCAAUGACCGGCGCCACUUCAAUCCACUCCAGCUCCAGUGAUCUGGCCCAAUUGGGGAAUUCGGAUCGCUCCGAGAAGAAAGAGAGCACUUCAACGGAGAUGGAAGUCACCGAAAGUACCGACUACAGUGUGGAAGAUGAGAAUCUGAACGGCUCGUUGGUUGAGGAUGACUAUGGGAACACUUGUGUUCGAGGGAAUAGUAAGUGGCCGAGAAUUUUUUGGGGAAAAUCGAGAUUUAAGAAAAAACCUGGCUUAUAUAUUUGGCAUAGAAAUAAAAAUUGAGGCCUAGAAUCUUAGAAAUGACCUGGAAAAUUUGUAUUUGUUGUUCUUCCGAAAUUUUCUAAUCAUUUUUUGGAAUUUUUUGAAAUUGAAACUGCUAUAUCUCAACGGAUUUUGUAACAAUACUCCUUAAACGUUCAGAAAUAUUUUAUAAAACCUCAUUCUUCAUAUAUGCCAAAUUUCGUAAAUUUCUAAGGUUUUUGCCUUAAGGCAAAUAUCCAUUUAUUGGCUGAAAUUCCCCAGAUUUUGAUGGAAUUUGUCUCGAACAAAGAAAGCUUAGUUUUUCUCAAGACAUAUUCGAAAUUUUUGGCCGACGAUUGGACGAGACUAUCGAGAUUUUACGAUCGAAAAUUGCCAAAGAUUCAAUUAAAAACUUUUUUUUCAAAAAUUUCAUUAUCCAAAAAUACGUUUUUUCAUAUGAAAGGGGUCUAGUUUUUGUAAAAAAAAAUCAAUUUAAUUUACUGCUCACCAAUAAAAACUUGAUGAAUUUGAUAUUUUAAGUGUUCCACAUGGAGUUAUUGGGGAAUUGGGGUUUUCCCGACGCAAUCGGCCUCACCGGCAUCCAAUUCCUGGGCAAAGACGGCGAACCCCUCGACACCGCCAACUGCACAGUUCGCUGUUCCGGCGAAGAGCAAGAGGAGCAAGCGCUGAGGCUGUUGAACAACCGAAAUCUGACCUGUCGCCCAGAUGACAUGUUCCUGACCGCGUUCGACGCCAACAAACCCCCGCCCUGUUUGAGUUUCCACUUCGAGCAGAGCGUGGAAAUGUCCGGCAUCAGUGUCUGGAAUUACAAUGCCACGCAAGAGUUGGCGUGCGCUGGGGUGAAAUGCAUCCAGCUGUACAUGAAUGGCAAGCCGAUCGUGGGGAUGAUCAUCUUGAGGAAGGCGCCGGGCUAUGUUUUCUUCGAUUAUGUGCAGGACAUCAUGUUCGAUCGGUGUCAUUUGUUCAGACCGUUGAGCAGUCGACCGAAUACCAACUCUAUUAGCGCCUGUAGGUCAUCUUUUAAUCUUUGAGGUCCAAAAACGAGAUUUUUCUCUAAAAUUCUAAAAAAUCCGUCAUCGCGACAGGUUUGAUGAUUCAAACACGAAAUUCAAGACGACAAAAAUUUUGAUGAUGCUCUUAUCAAAUUCUGAGAUUAUUUUUCAUCUCAGAUAUUCAAAAUUUUAGAUAUCUAGGUAUGUCAUCAUGACGAAUUUUUUGCAAUUUUUUGAAAAACUGCUGAAGUUUUCUUUGUGAUGAAUUUGAACUCCAUGUGUAUGACAUUUACAUCGAAAUUUUUUUUAUUUUUUGACUUACAUAUAGUGUCAUCAUGACGCCUCUUUUUAUAAUUUUCAAAAAAUCAAAAUUUCAAAAAUUUUUCUAGAGGAUUUGUAGUUCAUACAGCUUAUUUUAGCCUGGAAUUUUGUAAAAUUUUUCUCUAAUUCAUGUCAUCAUGACAUAUUUUUCAUAAUACCCCCACUUUCAGUCAUCUUCCAAAUCCGACUUCUCUCCAGUUGGGGAGACGAAUUUUACAUCGGACUGAACGGAAUCGAACUCUACAACCGACGAAAUCAUGUGGUCAAAUUGCGGCCGCAGAGUAAGGAACAGGUGGAAUCUAAAUUUAGUCUUCAGAUCUGGCCGCUUUCCCCGAAAGUGUAAAUAUCUUGCCGGCGGUGGAACGGGACCCCAGGACCAGUGAGAAGCUUAUUGAUGGAGUGAAUGAGACUACAAAGUAAGAAAAAAUUCGAUUUUUGCAGGGGUGGCCACCGGGCCGGGCCUGACAAAUUUUGAAACGGGCCGGGCCGGGCCUGCUUUUUACCGGGCCGGGCCGCGGGCCUGAGCCAUUUUCAGGCCCGGCCCGGCCCGGUUUUGUCGAAAUGCCAAGCGUUUGGCAUUCAAUGUUUUCGCGCCGGAAAAAUUUUUGGAUAGGUUUGUAUUUUUAGUAUAUCAAGUUCUACAAUAGUUUAUUACUUUAUAGUACUUUUUUGCAUAUAUGUUAUAAUAUAAGGUCCAAAUUAGAAUAUAUAAUACAUAUAGGAUAGUUCUUAGCAGAUUUUAGCACACUACAGAGGCGGUAAGAUCAAAGGAAAAUUUCCAGCUCGCGCCCUAACCGGGCUUUUACCGGGCCGGGCCUGGGAUUUUGCCGGGCCGGGCCCCGGACCUGAAAUUUGGAAAAAGAGGCCCGUUUGCCACCCCUGGAUUUUUGGAAAGAAAUGAGGCUAAAUUAUCGAUUAUUCUGGGGUAAAUAUAAUAAUUGAUAUCUCAAGUAUAGUAUUUGGAAUUGAAAAAAAGUCGUUGAAAAUAAAGUCAAGAGCUUUGAAAUGGAUCGGGGAAGAUUUUAGACAGCGUUAUGCAGAAUUUGCAGAAUUAACCGAGAUUUUCUUCUUUCAAGUUCAAAAAAUCGCAAAUUUAAUCCCCAUAUUACAAAGUUAAGAGAUAUAAAAAUCGACCAUAAUCAGUUCAAAAUCCCUAUUUUCAGACCUCAACACAUGUGGUUGACUCCAAUGUUGCCCAACAGCUAUGCGCGAAUCUUCAUCAUCUUUGAUAUACCGACGUACAUUUCUCGUGUUCGGAUCUUCAAUUAUCGAAAGACCCCGACCAGAGGUGUUCGACAUGUCGCGGUAAGGGCUUGAAUAAAUUUUUUAGACCUUAAAGACAAUAAUUUUUGUCAUCACCUUGAAAAAAAUAUGUCAUAGUGACGGAUUUUAAAGAAUUUUUGGUAGGAUACGAUGUGAUGACGGAAAUUGAUUUUGAAAUUUUUAAAAUACGUUGAUCGAAAUAUCCAUUUUAUUAAAUAAAUUGUGUCAUCACUCCUUCAUCAAAAAAAUUUUUUUCUGAAAAAAAUCUUAUUUUUAGUCGCAAUUUUUUAAUUUUCUUACUUUUAGAUCUCCGCCGACGACUUGAUAAUUUACAGUGGCGAAGUCCCCAUCAGUACGAGUAAUGACACCGGAAUUUUGGACGUUUCUCUUCGCGAAUUGGAAGAUUAUUAA